UGGGUUCUUUUACUUGCAGAGAAUUAUAUCAUCUCACAUUCAUCAUGAUUCAUCUUCUGGUGAUGCUGUCGCUUCUCUCUGGUGGUUCGACUAAAGUUGUGCAGAAUUUCCAAACAGAAUGUGGUGAUUCUUUUUAUAACAAAGUAACACCAACAGUACUUGAUGGACCUCAGUACAGACAGAUCUGCCAGACUCUAAAUAACAAACAUUAUUAUGCCACGCUUUAUGAUACCAACAACAAGAUCCCUGUGUACUCAGCCUAUGUGUUUAAAGGGUGGAUGGACUGUAAUAGAAAAAGCACAUGGUACAUUGAACCUCAGCUUGAGGAUAUUAAUGAAGGAAACAACAUGGAACCACACGGCAGUCGUCUUUUAAAAAACCAAUCUUCCAAUAAAGACUAUGAGAAGUCAAGCUUUCACAGAGGACACUUGGCUCCAGUCCGUCAUGCAGAUUCACAGGGAUGUUCAGAUGCCACAUUCACUCUCACUAAUGCUGCUCCUCAAUACAGCUCAUUUAACAGUGGUCAAUGGAAGAAGGUAGAACAAGAUAUGGCAUCAACUGUGAAGGGACGUUGUAGUACUGCAUACAUUGUAACAGGGGUUGUAGCAGGUAAUUUUAUAAAUACUCCAUCCAUAAACAAUAGAGUAAGAGUGCCUAGUCAUUUCUGGACCGCAUACUGUUGCAAUGAUAAAACAAACAAACUAAUCUCAGGGGGUGCCAUUGGAGAAAACUCUAAUGACAACUUAACUCCUUGCCAAAAGCCUGUGAAAGAUUUAGAGUUAGAGUUGAAAGACCUUUACGAUGUUACAUCUUUCAGUUUGUUUGAUAAUAAUUGCAGAGAUGCUGACUUUGUUGAAAUAACAAAUCGCAAAAGACCUCGAAAUUUAGGUCAAUGUUAAGCAAAUAACAAAGAACAUAAAAGCUUAGUUGACGUAAUUAC